AGGUCGACACUGUUGUUAGGAUAUGAUCCCGUCGAAGGUAAACACAAAGUAGUGUGCGUUCCCUUUAAAAGGACUUGUUACGUGUGCCGAGUUUUUACGUUGGGAUCAUCUCGAGAAGAAUCAUGGAGAACGGUCAGAGGCUCAGAGCUAAUCGUAAGCAUCGUCCCGCCAGUGAUGCGUAUGGGCGAUGCAUCGAGGGUGUGAUAUAUUAUCUAGCGAAAGCGAACUAUGGUACAGUUGUAAUGAGUUUCGAUGUUAGAUCUGAAAAGUUUGAUAUGAUAGGAGUACCUCCCAAGUAUUGUCGGAAGCUGGUAACAUAUAAGGGAUGGUUAGCUUGUUUUGAUGCUUGGGAUGAUAGAAGGUUCUGGAUUUUGGAGGAUGCACAGAAACAGAUAUGGUCGGUGGAACAAGAGUUACUUUCACCUUCUGCUGACUUUGGUCGGGGUUUCAAACUAACGGGUUCCACUCAUGCUGGUGAGUUUAUUUACGUGCCGAAAAGGGAUAGCCGAUUGUUUUAUGUUUUAUUGUGUGAUCCGGUGAGAAACAGCUGGAGAAGAUUUGAAUUUGAGAUGUCCGUCCGUAAUGAAGAAAUACACCGAACUUAUGCGCUCUAUGCUUUCCCGAAUCACAUUGAUAGUCAAAUCUCUUUGUAACAAUUUUUCUUUUCUACUCUUAAUUGCCAACUCUCUAUGAUUUUCUUAUAAUAUAUUUUUCUUAGUCUUUACUUUGAUUCUAUCUAUACUAUCCGGUUUCAUUACA